AUGAGAAAUAAUGUUGGUGUUUUGCUCAAUGAUGGUUUCGACCAAUUUCCUUCUGUAAAACAUUACGACACUGGAAAAAGUACAAAUCUGUCAGGUGUUGCAGUAGUUGAUGUUAAUGGAGAUAAGAGACCUGAUAUUAUUGUGACAGCCCAAAAUACGAACAGUGUCAGUGUUUUUCUAAACUCUGGUGGCGGUCAAUUUUCCAAUAAAAAACCUUACAAUAUUCUAUCUGGUGUCGGUGUGAUGUGUCCACAAGUAGCGGACGUCAAUGGCGAUACUCGCCCUGAUAUUAUUGUCGCAAACUCUGGUGAUGCUAGUAUUGGUAUUUCCUUUAAUUCUGGCAACGGAAAAUUUACUAAGUGGACAACAUUUUCAACUGGAAAAGGUUCACAACCGAAAUCUGUAUCUGUGGCUGAUGUCAACGGCGAUAAUAAACCUGAUCUUAUUGUGGGUAAUUUUAAAACGAGCAAUGUUGGCGUUCUUCUCAAUGCUGGCAAUGGUAAAUUUCUUAAUCAAAAAAUAUAUUCAACUGGACUCAACUCACAACCACUAUCGGUGUUUGUAGCUGAUAUGAAUUGUGACAACAAACCUGACAUCAUCGUUGCCAAUUCUAAUAAAAAGAACAUUGGUAUUUUUUUCAACUUUGGUAAUGGUACUUUUCAGCGUCAAACAACGUAUGAAACAGGAGGUUCCACAAAACCAUGGUCUGUGGUAGUGGGUAACGUCAAUGAUGACAACAAGCCGGACAUUAUUUUUUCAGAUAUUGCUAAACACGAGAUUGUUAUCUUAUUACGUUCUUGA